AUGGGACUUAGUCCGGUAAUGUUCGCUAUCAACACAAGUGUCGCACGGACUACGAAGCAAACACCUUUUGAAAUUGUGUUCGGACAGCAACCACGACUAGAUGAACAUGCUUGGAAAUGCAUUGAAGCUCAAAUGAAAAACAAAUAUUCAAAUGACAAGAAGCAACCGGACAACGGACUAGUGAUAUUCGAAGAAGAUUUACUAGCCGAUGUGUUUGAUGCGAUCAAAAUAACUAAUAAAAUUGCAUCUGAGUCGGUGGGUACUCACAAUACUCAAGUGAACAAUGGUAGUGGAGAACUAGCAUGUUCCGAAGUCGCAGAGGCAAGUAAUGAGAAAGAUCAUCCAAUUCAGAAUGACGAAGAAGACACACACCACGAUUUCGAUAUCGAUCACGAGGAACUCGUUGGUGGUAGUGUUGUUGACUUGGACACUGAUUCAAAUCGGUCGGCUAAACGGCUACGAACAUAUAUUAUCGGUGACGUUGUUGGCUUGAAAGUAUGUGAUAUGGAUCGCACAAAUACUUCUUCGACAAUAUUGCCAUGUAAUGUUGUUGGUCACAUGCUAAAAAUGGAGAGACAUGGUACACGGUUGCUACCAAGAAUGGUAUAA